UAAAAGAGGAAAUAUCUCAGCUUCAUCCUGUCUGCACUCAAAUAAAAGUCAAAGUCAAUUAGAUUGUAGAUUGACGCUCGGUGAGAAAUGGAGGCGCCCAGCGUUCCUGUACCCGGUGCGCUCAUCGUGAUUGGCGAUGACAGUUUGGAGAACGAGCACCCGAUUGGUUCAGGUGGAUUCGGGGAAAUCUAUAAGGUCAGACAUAAGAUGUGGGUGAUGGACGUCGCCAUCAAGCUAUUACAUCAGAAUAACAGCUCCGGCUCAGACCUCCUGCAGGAGGCGAAGCUGAUGCAACACGGCACCAACCCCAACGUCCUGAACUUCUUUGGUGUGUAUGAAGGAACGAUGCUCUCCAAAGGAAAGACGCUCUCUAACCAGCUGGGUUUGGUGAUGGAGUACAUGGAGAGGGGGUCACUGAGGGGCCUGCAGGACGUUUGGCGUAAACCUCUGCCCUGGCCGCUGACUGUCCGCGUGGUCCAUCAGAUCGCUCUGGGUAUGAACUUCCUCCACCAGCUGGGCCCGCCCCUGCUCCACCUGGACCUGAAACCCAGCAACGUGCUGCUGGACGCCAGCCUGAACGCCAAGAUUACAGAUUUCGGCUUGUCGAAGAUAGCUCAGAGUGUCUCCAGGUCCUCUGUACCGGGGGGGUCUGGCGUGGGUGGCACCCUCAGUUACAUGCCCCCUGAAGCCCUGGAUUCUGAUUCCUCUGCUCCCUACACUCCCAGCUUCUCCUUCGAUGUUUACAGUUACGGUAUCCUGCUGUGGUCGGUGAUGGCCGGGACGGAGCCGUACAGCGGGGUCCAAUCAACUCUGGUAAAGUUUCGAAUCACUAUGAAGGACCGACCCGAUUUAAAACUGAUCGACAGCAGCAGGGUGGACGGACGCCUGAUGGACCUGAUGAAGCAGUGCUGGCACCACGAUCCCCAACAGAGACCCUCGUUCAGGGAUUGUGUUGAGGAGACGGAGAAGCUCUUCGAGCGGCACAAACAAGACGUUCAUGUCCAAGUGGCAAAAGUUCUAAACCGACUGGACGAUGGUAAAGAGAAGCUCAGUUCUGAGUUUGAAUCCCUGUCAGUCAGCUCUAAAUCUAAUAACGAAGAAUCUUCCUCUCACUCUGUGAAGGCCGCAGCUUUUACCACUCAGAAAUCAGCAACGAGCUUAAAGUCCAAACCCAAAGCACCAGGUUCAAAUGUACGUCCUCCAGCAGCACCAGGUCUAAACUACAGACCAGCUCCUGAACCGACCAAUCACAGACCUCCAAACACCCAGCGGCAGAACUCAUCCCCAGCCAGCACCAGCAUCACUCUGUCCAACGCUCAGUACGUUCAGAUCGGCAACAACAACAGCAUGAAUAUAACCACGAGACCACGGCGGAGAAACCCCUCAGCGCCCUCUACAGGCCAGCGUACAAACUCCCCACAGCCACCCAGACAGCAGCGGAACCCGGACCAGCCCAGGCAGUGAUCUCCAGCUCGCCUUCCAUUCCGUCUACGUAUAAUUCCGAUGUGUUUUGUGUGUGUGUUUGGCUUUUAAAGACUCUCCAGUUUUGUCCUACCUUAAAAAUAUGUGCAGAAGGUGGAUUGGCGGAUCUAAAUCACCUCUACAUGUGAGUGGAAUUGUUGUUCUGUGCAAUUCUGGGUUUUCCUGCCUUGUGUCCAGCAUUUCUGUGUGAUUCUGGAGCUGUAAUCGGACCGAAUCAGAUUCUAUUCGUGUGAAUCGUUUAUAGAUGAAUCAGAUGAAUUAAUUAAUUAAACUAUCGUUAAACUGCUGGUAACUACGAACAAACUAGUACCUGUGAUCACAUCUCAAAUUUCCUGUACAAAUUUAGAUUUUUUUUUAACCAUCUACAGUCCAUAAAAUUAUUGAAAGAUUUUGAGAAUCAGAGAAAAUCUGUGUAUGACCCUCGACCCUUCAGAAGGCGCUGUGUUAAAACCUGACCUGCUUCUGUAAUGAAUAAAACCGUGUGGACUCGGGAACACUUCGGAAAACCCUGGUCAGUAAACACGGCCCGCCGCUGCACCCAGCCGAAUAUCAACAACAUCCAGGAACUCCGCCCACUUCUCCGGGCUCGAACUAUCAGGUGGAAACUCUGCAUCAAAACAUGUCCAUGGACUCAGGAACACUUCGGAAAACCCUGGUCCGUAAACACGGCCCACCGCUGCAUCAACAACAUCCAGGAACUCCGCCCACUUCUCCGGGCUCGAACUCUCAGGUGAAAAGUCGUGGUGCACAAAUCUUCCCAUCGUAUUGUAGUUCAGAAGUUUACAUACACCCUCAGGGACGCUCCGUUUACUGCCAUCUCAGGAAUAAGGUUGCUGUGACUUCUCUGUGCUCAUAUAAAUAGUGCUAGUUCGGCUGCACCCGUUCAUCUGAGCCUGUAGUGUUUCGCUGGGAGAGUCUAGAGAGCUCUGUACAGAAUCCUGGAGAGCAGAUCUGAAAUGGUACGUUGAACGGCGGUCUCUCUGUGCUCGGACGAGUUCAGGAUUCACAAACUGCCGAAACACGAACGUCGCUGUCCACAGUCGAGCAGGUUUUAAGCUUAGGGGCUGCAGAGUGAAAACGAAAGCGCCCAAGAUGAAAAAGGAAGGAAGCCACCGUGGGCUGAUGUUUGGAGAGGUAGUGCUGAGGCGUUUGAACCUAUUAACACUGAAGCUCCUGUGAAGCACGGUGGUGGAAGCAUUAUGACCUGUAGCUGCUUUGCUGCCAGUGGAACCGAUGCAUUGGGUGUUGCAGCGAGCUGGGAUCCAAUCCUGUAGCCUGUUUGUAGCAGGUUCUUGUGUGCUGUGUGAUACUUGCUCGGUUUAUCGUGUUAUUAGUCUCUGAUAUCGUGAUAUUACUUUAAUAUUGUGAUAUUACUUUGAUAUUGUGAUAUUUUUUAGUCUUUUUGAUGUUAAAAUGAUUUUUACCGUCUCUGGUGCUGCCGAUGUGAAAUGAUAAUUUGUACAACCUCCAAAAUGCUGAAUC